ACUUUCAUUUGUUCUGCCACAGUAGAGAUGUGUGUUCAUAGCCAUGUGUUUCAUUUAUCGGAGCGGCUUUUACUGCUGCUUUCUUUGCUUGUCCAUGUUUGACCUCUGAAGGGUCCACGAGUCUGCAUAAUAGCAGUGACCUAUAUUGCACGGAAACUUGUAACCCCAAGAAAGAGAGCGCUCGCAAAAUUUGCACCAAUCACUUACGUUAUUGUUUAUUAAAGGAAUAUUACGUGCUUAAUACAAGUUAAGCUCAAUCGACAGCAUUUGUUGUAUAAUAUUGAUUACCACAAAAAUAAAUUCAGACUCUCCUCUCCUUUUCUUUAAAAAAAGCAAAAAUCUAGGUUACAGUGAGGCAGUUACAAUGGAAGUCAAUGGGGCCAAUUCGUAAAUGUUAAAAUACUCACUAUUUCAAAAGUAUAGCCACAAAACCUAAACAACAUGCAUGUUAACAUGUUUUUAAAGUGAUAAAAUCACUUACUGACCUUUUCUUUGUAAAGUUAUAACCAGUUUUACCACUUAUAUAAUGUCAAACCCUAAAAUGACUGUAAAAAUGAUGGUUUAAACAACUUUACAGCUCAAAUAAUAAAUUAGUUUUAAUAUAAGAAUGAACGUAAGUGCUAUUAUAAAAUUAUAAGCUUCACAUUUUCCCCUUUAAACCCUCCAAAAAUUGGCCCCAUUCACUUACAUUGUAAGAAUAGGACAGUGGUAAUCAACAUUAUGCCACAAAUGCUGUCGAUUGAGCUUAACUUGUAUUGAACACAGAAUAUUCCUUCAAUGCUGGUCUAUAACAGGUUCAGUUUCCCUUUAAAUAUCAUUCAAAACAGUGAACAAGUGAACAGAAUAUUGCAUGAAAUAUAAUCACACAUUCCUUAAAAUAUUUAAAGAAAACAAAAGAAUAACAUACUGUAGUACAGUGUAAAGUAACAUGAUGCAACGCUCCAGGGUAACUGAAAUAACAUUUAGGUGAGGUCACACCCCCUUUUCUUGUAAAAGAGCAAGUACUGGCGGAACAAGGAAGAGCUAAAAUCACAUUGCCUGAUUCUGUGUGUUUGCUGCAGUUGGUCUAUAGGGGGUUGACCUCUCACCUGUGUGCGGCAGUCAGACUGACCUGGACAAUUCCUAAAAUGGCCAGACCAAGCUCAAAUCUAGCAGAGUUUCGGAAGGUGUUUGCUAAAGCAAAGCACAUUGCUAUCAUUACGGGCGCUGGAGUAAGUGCAGAGAGUGGUGUACCAACCUUUAGAGGACAGGGGGGCUACUGGAGGAAAUGGCAGGCACAGGAUCUGGCUACCCCUGAAGCUUUCUCACGAGAUCCCUCUUUAGUGUGGGAGUUCUACCAUUACAGACGUGAGGUAAUGCUCAGUAAGAUGCCCAACCCUGCACACCUGGCUAUAGCAGAGUGUGAGUCUCGUCUUAGCCAACAGGGGCGCUCUGUUGUUAUCAUCACUCAGAAUAUUGAUGAGCUGCAUCACCGUGCUGGUUCCAAACACAUCUAUGAAAUCCACGGAAGUCUAUUUAAAACUCGUUGCAUGAGCUGUGGAGAAGUCAAGGCCAACCACAAGAGCCCAAUCUGUCCUGCUCUGGAGGGAAAAGGAGAGCCUGACCCCAGAGCCAAGGAUGCCAGAAUACCAGUAGAGCUUCUGCCUAGGUGUGAGAGGAAAAGAUGUAAUGGCUUGCUGAGGCCUCAUGUGGUAUGGUUUGGAGAGACUCUGGAUUCAGAUAUUCUCACCAGCGUGGAGCAGGAGCUGGAAAAGUGUGAUCUCUGCUUAGUAGUGGGCACCUCCUCCAUAGUUUACCCAGCGGCCAUGUUCGCUCCUCAGGUGGCAGCUGGAGGAGUGCCUGUAGCUGAAUUUAACAUGGAGAGCACACCUGCCACUAAUCGGUUUCAGUAUCAUUUUGAGGGUCCUUGUGGCACCACACUGCCUCCUGCUCUGGAACGCCAUGAGAGCGAAGUCAAUUAAGGAGAAAGAAGAGCACAGAGCAUAUAGCACUUUAACUGAGAGAGCAUGAACAGACUUCGGGAUUGGUUCAUGCCUUAUAUAAUUUGUGUAUUGCAUAGACAUUGUGUAUUGAAUUUAAAAUUAAAUUUUAAAUAGUCUUA